GAUUUGGUCCAAAAAUCAUAUCGUGUAAACGCGCCGGCACUUAACGUAUGCAGCAUGUGACCGCAUUACGUAGUGCAAUUUAUGCUGCCUGUUCCAAGCAGUAGAAUUUCCGAAUUCCGUGUAUCGUCGCCGUCGAGCUUGUCCCAUCCGAUCACACCACAACGUAAUGCGCGCGCGUGGCUAACAAUUGCAAAUUGUGCCUCCAUUUUUAUCGACACAUCUCUGUUAAGGCUGUUUGUUCACACAAGAAGAGUUCUUUUAACACCAACUUCGGAACCGAUUCAAUUGUAAAACGUACAAGCAAGUUUAUCACGAUGGCAGAUAUGUCAAUGAAUAUCAUUACUCCGCGAAAAAUGUCUUUCGGUAUCAAUGGAAAGCUGAACGGUUUGGAAAGUAAAACACCGUUUUUAAUCGGGGUUUCGGGAGGUACAGCUAGCGGGAAAUCAACUGUUUGCAAACGUAUAAUGGAAAAACUAGGACAAGUUGACAUGGAUCACAUGCAGCGACAAGUUGUUUGCAUUUCACAAGACAGUUUCUAUAGAGACUUAUCGCCGUCAGAGAAAUUGAAAGCGGAGAAAGGUCAAUACAAUUUUGAUCACCCCGACGCAUUUGACAAUGAUAUGAUACUUCAGACAUUACAAGAUAUACUAGCUGGUAUAAAAUGUGAAAUACCGAGCUAUGAUUACAGAACGAACAGCUUAAUAAAAAAUCAGACUACGACGAUCUACCCUGCAGAUGUGGUUUUAUUCGAAGGGAUUUUAGUAUUUUAUUUUCCUAAGAUACGAGAGCUGUUUCAUAUGAAGCUGUUUGUAGAUACGGACUCAGAUACUAGAUUAGCUAGAAGGGUUCCAAGAGAUAUAAAUGAAAGAGGAAGAGACUUGGAUUAUGUGUUGAAUCAGUACAUGAAUUUUGUAAAACCUGCAUUCGAAGAGUUUUGCCUCCCUACAAAGAAGUUUGCUGAUGUAAUAAUACCAAGAGGUGCAGAUAAUACAGUGGCUAUAGACCUUAUAGUGCACCACAUCUGGGACAUUUUGCGUUUGAGAAAGGCUGAAAACUCAUCCGGGCAGCAUCCAUACAUCUGCCAACAUAUGCGUACUUCGACUUCAUUCGACUCGCUCAGCAGAUGAUCUAAACAUAAUUUCCUCAUUUAUAAGCACAACAUUUUUAUAUAUAUCAUACAUUUAUGUAUAAUCAAAUUUGCAGUAACUUUGAAUCCUUUUUUUUCUAAGUAUUUAAUAUGUCGCUUCUAUACUUACAGAACUGUAUUUGUAUUACAUUUAUACUAAGCAACAGAGAAUAUUGCUUUUAAUAAGUGUGCAUCCAUAAGUCAUGUACAUAGGGUAAAAUUAAUUUUACGCUGCUCCUAAAAUAUGGGUGUACUGCAUGAUUAUACAAAGUACCUUGUCCAAACAUUGUAAAAUCGAUUUUGCAUAAUUAUUCAAUUUUAUGUAUAAACUAACAUACUAAAAAGAUGAAAGUAUUACUCACAUGUAUAUAUAUAUGCAGUUAUGCAUGUAUCAAAAAGCUUGGACUUUUUAUACACUUACUCCAAUCAGUUUAACGCUUUCUGCAUCCAUGUAGACGCGAAUUGAAAUUUGAUAUUAAACGAUUUAAACAAGUACGAACGAUAUAACAUUAGCAUAAUUCUUUAAAAUGUAAUAUUUAUAAUUUAAGCGAGUGUUUUUAACAGAGAUUCAAGACUUUCGCGACCGGAGUUUCUGUUAGUAUUUAUGGCUUCCAAAUGGAUGUAGCAUCUAAAUUUAGCAAGUUGCCUAUGAAAAAGGUUCAUAUCGAAGAAAUAAAUCGAAAUGCCAACAAUAUGCUGAAUUUAUACACAGCAUGUUCUAACACUUUUCAAUUGUAUUAUACCCCCCCAUCUCUUUAUGCAGUUUUUUUGUUUCACAGAUGCUCGAAUCAUUUCAAUCCCAAUAAAAAUAUGUCAGUAUUGUAAAAGAAAAUUAUGGUUUGAAUUGUAUGUUUUGAUAUUAAAUUUUGUUUAUAUUGUAAAAUAAAGUAUUAAUAAAGAAAUGAAAUUUCCUGUCACCGAACGAGCGAUCUUUAACCAUUUACUU